GUUAUUUUAUUGAUGUAAAGGUUAGAUACUAACCUAGAUGCAAACAUUGGAAAACUAGGAAUCGAGUUAGCCGGAAAACACCCGUUCUAGGGGCUGUUUUAGUAUCAACGAUUCGGGGUUGAAAUAGCAACUUGAGGAGGCUGUUUAGCACCCAUUUUCAAGCAAGGAACUAGUUCCCAAUCUUCCUUGGCCGAGGCUUUAGCCAUUGGAUCGAGAAGGAAGGUUUUAAAGCUCAUUUGAGGUGAGGAUCGACAUCUAGUUGCUUACAACUUGUAGGUUAAGCAUGAGAUUACCUAAAUGCUUAAAUAAUGUUUUUCCAUGGAUUAUGAUGAUAACCUAUUGAUGGAAUAUUGAUCUAUUUUCCAAAGAAUGAAAUAAGAAAUGAUUUGGUAAAGUAUUGAUGAAAAUGGAGUUAAAUGAACUAUUGUGUGAAAUAGGCAUUUUACUCAUGUGUGAAUUGUGUAGAUACAUAAAUGAUUAUUUAUGUAUUACAUUGAAUGAUUAAGUUGCUGCUACAUAUCUCUAAAUAUGUAGGGAUUUACAAAUGGAAUAUAUGAUUGAUAAGAAUAAUCUUAAUAGUAUUGAAAUACUAGUUAAUGAUUGUUGAAAUUGUUGAAGAAUUGAAUCUAAGGAUUUGAUUGUAAUUGAUGAACUUGAUUGUGAUGCAAGUGACUAAAUUGAUGUAAUGUGAUGCUAAGACCAUGGUUGGGCAGUCCGUAGGGAUGUCCCAAGAUAGAUUAUUGAUAUUACAAUUCUAGGCCUAGUGAGUGCUUAGGAAUUGGGGUCUAUGCCAAUGUAAGGAGAUGUACUUGAGCCCGUGCUCAUAGAAUUGCAUUGGGUAGACAUGAUGAGGUGAUUGUGUGCAUGGGGAUGUAGUCGAGUUGGACUCGAGAAUGCACGGUGGAGUAGUUAGCUUAUGUUAAUAAAGGUGCAUGGUGAUGUAGUCGAGUUGGACUCGAGAAUGCAAACAUAUGUGUUAGGGUUGGACCCUAUGUAUUGUUGUGACUAGGGGUCACGGGAUUUUGGAGUAUGUUUGAUAAACAAACCUUGGGCCUACGGGCCGACUACUUGACUUUAUAUAUAAAGUAAGUAUAUUUUAAAACGGGGUAACUUGGGGUUACGGCCUAGAUUAUAUUAUCACCCUAUUUGAGGGUCUUGUGUUUGAAAUACUUGUUGUAUAUCUAUUAGAUGCCAUCCACACCAGCACUUUAUAGCCGUAUAGAGUGCUGACCCCUUCGGGGGCGUCCCACCACCAUUUUUCAGGUUGAGGCUAGAGCUUGCUUCCUGUGCUCGUUGCUCGAGGGAUCAUCUAGGAGGGAAGACUUGGUUCGUGCUCCCUCCAUUCAGUUUUAAACAUUAAUAAACAUGCUCAUGGACAUUUUACUAUAGAGCCUGCGUGCUCAUGUUAGCCACGUGUGGCAUUUGUUUUCAAACUAUGUUUUCCGCUAUGUAUUCGAUUACUUAUUAUGUUUGUUUAUGGAUGGCUUACGUGUGAAUGAUAUUCGAGACGCCUUGUAUAAUAUGAAUGUGUUGGACUGCGGUUGACUAUUCGUAUUGUACGGCGGGUUGUUGACGUGUCCGGGGAGGUCCGGGGCGUGACAAUUAAGUUGGUAUCAAAGCCAGGUUCCAUAAACUUCAUAAUGAAGUCUCAAAAUUCUCUUUUUGAAAAAGAUUUUGAAAACCAUGAGCAUAGGAGUUUUGUACUUGGAGAGCUUUUGGUACUUGGGUUGCAAGGUCUCUAAUUGUUAAGAUGGUACCCUUAGCAAUUGGUAUGGCGGUGACUCGAGCCAAAAUGUGUCUUAAGUACCUAUCCGUCAAUUGACAUUUGAUACGAGUCUAAUGACUCUUUCCAAAUUUCUUUCAGAAAUGGACGGUGGUGGCAGGAUUACUAGGAGAAACCCGACGGGCCGUGUACCAGUGGAGACUGGACAGGGCAGUCGAAGGACCUCUAGGGCGUCUAGGGGAGCUGGCCGUGGAGGCCGAUCACAGACCGUGAGUGACGGUCAUGUUGACACAGAAAGUGAAACCUACUGGUCCUAUGAGGACUCAACUUACCAACCGGAGACCGAGCCGGUUGAGACCCCUUACGAAGGGGAUGACGAUGAUAUAAGUGAUGAAGGAGGGGAGAAUGACUCCCUAGCCAGAAUCGAGGCGCUGCUCCAACAAUAUCAGCGGGAGCGCGAAGAAAGGAGGGAACGCCGAAGGCGCCGGGGAGGGCGAACUUUGGGUGGGGCUUCAAGAGGAAGAAGCCAAGGCGACUCUAGGGCCCACAUUGAACCACAUGGGGGCCGGGGUGAUGGAGGUCCGAUCAUAAGGAUCUCAAAAUUUCUCAAAGAGGCGAGAGACUUGGGGUGCAAACCCUUCAACGGAGCGGGUGACAUCUCGGUUGCCGCGGGAUGGAUCAAGAGGCUGAACGAAGCAGCCCUUGAUAUGCAACUCACCCCCGAGUUUAAGCUAAGGGUGGCGGUGAGGUUGCUUGAAGGGAUGGCAUCCACAUGGUGGGACGGAGCCAAGGGAAAGUAUGGCAACACGGUGACUUGGGAGAAUUUCCGACAGGAGUUCUUUGCCCAAUAUUAUUCUGAUUUUGAGGUGAACGCCAAGAGGAGAGAGUAUACCCUCCUGACCCAAGGGGGCAAAAUGACGGUGAGGCAACUUGAACACAAAUUCAGGGAGCUCGCGGAGUUCAUACCGGAGUAUGUGUGUGACGAGAACCGGAUGGUAAAUCACUUCUGGGAUGCCUUAGACCUGGAGGUGCGUGAGAGGGCAACACAGUUGCCUAACAUGACUUUUAGCCAAGUGGUCGAGCAAGGGUUAAAAGGAGAGAAAGAAUGGGAGGAAAGAAAGUUGAAGAACGCCGAAGAGGCAAAGAAGAGGAAGUGGGAGAACCAUGGGCAUCAAGGUCCUAGCAAAAAGGGGAACCAUGGGGGAGGGGGAUCUUUUCGGACACCCCCACUGCCACCUAGGGGAAGUCAUGGCCCGGGCGGGCAAUCACAAGCCUCGGGGGUGACUCGUUGUAAGAAUUGCAAGAGGAACCACCCGGGGAAAUGUCGUGACCCUCCUAGAUGCUACCAAUGCGGGAGCACCGGUCACAUGAAGAUGAGCUGCCCACAACUGGGCGGGACGAGGGCAUCAGGGCCAAGUAGUGGUAAUACCGGGACACGGAAUCAAGCCGGGACUUCACAAGCGUCCAGGGGGCAAGGGGGAGCAAGCGCAAGCAACGCGCCGUCCGUGAAUCAAGGAAGGACUCAAGCUAGGGUCUACGCGAUGACGGAGGCGGAUGCUCAAGCUAACCCGGAUUCCGUUGCAGGUUGAGGCUAGAGCUUGCUUCCUGUGCUCGUUGCUCGAGGGAUCAUCUAGGAGGGAAGACUUGGUUCGUGCUCCCUCCAUUCAGUUUUAAACAUUAAUAAACAUGCUCAUGGACAUUUUACUAUAGAGCCUGCGUGCUCAUGUUAGCCACGUGUGGCAUUUGUUUUCAAACUAUGUUUUCCGCUAUGUAUUCGAUUACUUAUUAUGUUUGUUUAUGGAUGGCUUACGUGUGAAUGAUAUUCGAGACGCCUUGUAUAAUAUGAAUGUGUUGGACUGCGGUUGACUAUUCGUAUUGUACGGCGGGUUGUUGACGUGUCCGGGG